CCCAGCUCACUCCGCAGUAUAAAAUUCAGAGCGCGCUGCGGCGGCGCCACGACGCUCUCCCGGGGACCUCAUUACAGGUGCUGUGAGACUUUGUACUAAAGAAACCGCCUUUUCUCCCUCGACGUUAACCAGAAAAGAUCAAAUAAGACAACAUGCGUGAAUGCAUCUCUGUACACGUGGGCCAGGCUGGCGUCCAGAUGGGCAACACCUGCUGGGAGCUGUACUGCCUGGAGCAUGGCAUCCAGCCCGACGGACAGAUGCCCUCCGACAAGCCCAACGUUGGUUAUGACGACUCCUUCACCACCUUCUUCAGCAACACAGGCGCUGGGAAGUACGUUCCCCGCGCCGUCUUCGUAGACCUGGAGCCCACCGUUAUCGAUGAGGUGCGCACAGGGUCCUACCGCCAGCUGUUCCACCCAGAGCAGCUCAUCUCGGGUAAGGAGGACGCAGCCAACAACUAUGCCCGCGGUCACUACACCAUCGGCAAGGAGCUCAUCGAUUCUGUUCUAGAUAGGAUUCGCAAACUGUCCGACCAGUGCACAGGCCUCCAGGGCUUCCUAGUUUUCCACUCCUUCGGCGGCGGCACCGGCUCCGGCUUCACCUCUCUGCUGAUGGAGCGUCUCUCCGUCGACUUCGGCAAAAAGUCCAAGCUGGAGUUCGCCAUCUACCCAGCGCCCCAGGUGUCCACCGCCGUGGUGGAGCCCUACAACUCCAUCCUCACCACCCACACUACCCUGGAGCACUCCGACUGCGCCUUCAUGGUCGACAACGAGGCCAUCUACGACAUCUGCCGCCGUAACCUGGACAUCGAGCGCCCCACCUACACCAAUCUCAACCGUCUCAUCAGCCAAAUCGUGUCCUCCAUCACUGCCUCCCUGCGCUUCGACGGUGCCCUCAACGUGGACCUGACAGAGUUCCAGACCAACUUGGUGCCCUACCCCCGCAUCCACUUCCCGCUAGCCACCUACGCGCCCGUCAUCUCCUCUGAGAAGGCCUACCAUGAGCAGCUCACUGUGGCAGAGAUCACCAACGCCUGCUUCGAGCCCGCCAACCAGAUGGUGAAGUGCGACCCGCGCCAUGGCAAGUACAUGGCGUGCUGCCUGCUCUACCGUGGCGACGUGGUGCCCAAGGACGUCAACGUGGCCAUCAGUAACAUCAAGACCAAGCGCUCCAUCCAGUUCGUGGACUGGUGCCCCACCGGCUUCAAGGUGGGCAUCAACUACCAGCCCCCCACAGUGGUGCCCGGAGGGGACCUGGCCAAGGUGCAGAGGGCCGUGUGUAUGCUGAGCAACACAACCGCCAUCGCCGAGGCCUGGGCGCGCCUGGACCACAAAUUUGACCUGAUGUACGCCAAGAGGGCCUUCGUCCACUGGUACGUCGGGGAGGGCAUGGAGGAGGGAGAAUUCUCAGAGGCCAGAGAAGACAUGGCCGCUCUGGAGAAGGAUUAUGAAGAGGUGGGCAUUGACUCUUGUGAGGAGGACGAAGAGGGCGAGGAGUAUUAGGUUGUCUUAACGGGACAGCGGGCGAGAGUGGGUAAGAAGAUGUGUAUAGCUAUUAUUGUACGGAUGUGACGGCCUUCACCAAUACCGGUAUGGAGGUUGUGAAAGCAGCCACAUCUGUUGGCCAACAAAUUGUUCAAACGCCAUGUGACCGCCAACGGACAUGUUAUUUAACUGAAUAAUGUUUGCGUUUUUUUUGUUUUCAACAAGUUACUGCCAUGCAGAAAUUUAGCUAGACAGACUCAAUCCAAUGGCGUUUGGUUCUUUUUAGUUAUGCCAAUAAGAUAAUUCUUCAACUUUAAGAGCUGUAUCUGUAACUCGUUUUUAAAUAAAAAAAAUGAAUAGCUGUAA